UGCUUUCCAUUUGAAUCUACUCAUCUACCUCCCCGGUUGCGUUCUCUCUCUCCUCUCUCUUAAUUUCCCCCAAAUCUCGUAAAAAAUGGGAGAGGAGAAACCAAAGCCAAUCGGCGGUGUGUGGCCGACGAUCAAGCCGUUCGUUAAUGGCGGAGCUUCUGGUAUGCUUGCUACAUGUGUUAUCCAGCCUAUCGAUAUGAUCAAGGUGAGAAUUCAGCUGGGUCAAGGAUCUGCAGGUGAGGUGACAAAGACUAUGCUGAAGAACGAAGGAAUCGGUGCCUUUUAUAAGGGUUUAUCUGCUGGAUUGCUUAGGCAAGCUACAUAUACAACCGCAAGACUUGGUACCUUCAGGAUUCUGACAAACAAAGCACUUGAGGCAAACGAUGGAAAGCCGCUGCCUUUGUAUCAAAAAGCUUUGUGUGGGCUAACAGCUGGAGCAAUCGGAGCUUGUGUGGGAAGCCCUGCUGAUCUGGCACUGAUCCGUAUGCAGGCUGAUGCAACAUUACCUGCUGCUCAGCGCCGUAAUUACACAAAUGCGUUUCAUGCAUUGUAUAGGAUUACUGCCGAUGAAGGUGUGUUGGCUCUCUGGAAAGGUGCGGGGCCCACAGUCGUUAGGGCUAUGGCACUGAACAUGGGAAUGCUUGCUUCUUAUGAUCAAAGUGUCGAGUUCUUUAAGGAUAAUCUAGGUUUUGGUGAGGCUGCUACAAUCUUAGGUGCCAGUUCUGUAUCAGGGUUCUUUGCUGCUGCAUGCAGUUUGCCUUUUGAUUAUGUGAAAACUCAAAUACAAAAAAUGCAGCCCGAUGCUCAAGGGAAAUACCCUUACACAGGAUCUUUGGAUUGUGCCAUGAAAACCCUCAAGGCUGGUGGGCCCUUCAAAUUCUAUACAGGGUUUCCGGUAUAUUGUGUUAGGAUUGCGCCACAUGUCAUGAUGACAUGGAUCUUCCUCAACCAAAUUCAGAAGCUGGAGAAGAAGGCUGGACUGUAACAUUUCUUGCAGAAACAUUAAAGAACGAACGUUGAUGUGAAGCAUUCUAUCAGAAAUAAUACAUCGUGUUUUACGGAUUUUGGUUACUUACACAAUUAAAUUGUGAAAGUCUUUUGAGUUCUACCUUUUCAGAUGAACUGUAGGAUUGUUUAAACCAUUUGAACUAUGAUUCUUCAAGGUUUUUUUGGCAUACUAGCAGGAACCCGUGGCAUGGAUUGUGCCAUUUAUAAAUGAAGUUUUGAUUCAAAAUGUUCGUUGUUCA